AUGUUACCAGAGGGUGGCGCACCAUUUGGCGUUGAGCCACUGCUGCUGUUGUUUCCACCAAAGCCGCCAAAUGUUGGUAUGUUGGCGCCUCCACCGCUGCCCAUAGAACUUGCGCCCAUCAGCCGACUCUCCUUGUCCUUGUCCACUUCUGGUGCAGACUCGUCAGACUGA